GAUGGAUGGAGUGAACGAGUGCAUGAAGGUAGCUGGCGUGAGAGAAGAGGAUGCACAAAACAGGGUUAGAUGAGGCAGCCGAAAGGAAAUGAAGAAGAAGAUACGGGUUUGGAAGUGAAAGUAACUAGUUGAUUUUACGCUACACGAUGAUGCGUUCAAGCGCGACCAAAAAUAGCUACAAUUUUAAUUACCUAUAGAAAUGCACGCGUAUUGUUAGCUUACAAGACCAAGAAGCAGAGUUCUCGUGACUCUUCCCGAUAGGAAUCCUCGUUCUGCCCUCAGCGUUGCGUGAACCGAAAAAAAAAUCGAGUUAUUCUAUCGCUUUUUAAAACGAGCGCUCGCUCGAUAUACCAUACACCUAGAAUUUACAUGAUGGCAUUAAAUGCGUCGCGGCGAUGACAAUGGCGCCCGGCCGAGAUGGGAGGAGAAAAGAGGAGGCAAAAGGGGCGCAAAUAAAAUAAAAGCUCAUGCGCGAACGCCGGCGUAGAGAGAGUGAAGAUAAAAGACACAAAAGAGACCACGAGGAGGAGCGCAAAGAGGAAGGAAAAAAGAAAAAGAGGAGCCUGGAACAAGUGGAGGAUCGGCGGGCAGCAUUGGAGCGACCUUCGCCGGGCGUGGCGGUUGACCUUCCUCCUUGCCUCCUCGCCUCCUUGGAUGAUUCCGUCAAGCAUGCCCGCGGCGUCUGCAAACACAGGUGGCGUUGCGUGUCACCCGUUCCGUCUGCACGAGACUUUGGCCCUGCUCACCUCUCAGCUGCACCCCGAUGCCAACCACAAGGAGGAUCUGGUCUUCCUCAAAGAGGUCUUCAGUGAGAAGAGCAUCGGCUACCUCAUGAAGAUCCACGAGAAACUGAAGCAGCACGCGAAGCAGAGCCCGACGCCGGUCCUGCGCAGCGCCUCCUGCCUGGCGGAGGAUCUGACAGAGGAGCUCCAGAACGGGCUGCUGGAGGAGGACGAAAAAGAGCUGCUGCUUCUGCUCAGCGCCCCUCACCUCAAGGCCGUGCUGUCGGCCCACGACACGGUGGCCCGGAAGAACUUUGACCCGGUGCUGCCCCCCUUGCCCGAGGACGCCGACGACGAGCUGGAGGAGGAGUCGGUGAAGAUCGUCCGAUUGGUGAAGAACAAGGAGCCUCUGGGCGCGACAAUCCGGCGCGACGAGGCCACCGGUGCCGUCAUCGUGGCGCGGAUCAUGAGGGGGGGAGCGGCCGACCGCAGCGGUCUGGUGCACGUGGGGGACGAGCUGCGUGAGGUCAACGGCAACCUGAUCACUCACAAAAGGCCGGACGAAAUAAGUCACAUUCUGUCCCAGUCGCAGGGCUCCAUUACGUUGAAAAUCAUCCCAGCAGUCACUGAAGAGGACAAGACGAGGGAAAGCAGGGUCUACCUGCGGGCUUUGUUCGAUUACGUGCCCUUUGAGGACCGAGCCGCGCCCUGUCACGAGGCGGGGCUUCCUUUUAAAAGGGGGGACAUCCUACAGGUGGUGAGUCAGGAGGACGCCACCUGGUGGCAGGCCAAGAGAGUGGGCGACUGCAACCUGCGCGCCGCCCUCAUCCCUUCCACGCACUUCCAGGAGAGGCGUCUGCGAUACCGCCUGAAGACGGGCUCCUUCCCAAGCGCCGCGUCGUCCUCGCACGUGGCCGCACACGAUGGCGACCUUGGGGGAAAAGACGGAGGUGACCUGCACAGAAGUUUCCGACUCAAGAGGGAGCGGCAGAGGUCUCCGAGUGAGCCUCGCACCCCCGACGGCAAUCGCGCCGAAUUCCUGAUCUACGAGGAAGUGGCGCUUUAUCUGCCCCGGCCCGGCGAGAGGCCUCGUCUCAUCGUGCUGCUCGGAUCCCUGGGAAGUCGCACCGCCGAGCUCAAACAGAAGGUGAUCGCUGACAAUCCUCGACUUUACGGAUUGGCUGUGCCUCACACCACACGACCCAGGAAGAUUCACGAGCGUGAGGGGGUGGAGUACCACUUCAUCACCAAAGCCGCUUUUGAGGCCGACAUCCAGGCGGGCAAGUUCCUUGAAUACGGCGAGUAUAAGGAGAAUUUGUACGGCACCAGUUUGGAGUCCAUUCACAGAAUCCUGCUUGAGAAUAAAAUCUGCCUUGUGGACGUGCAACCGGAGGCAUUGCAGGUUCUCCGCACGUCGGCGUUCAAGCCCUACGUCGUCUUUGUGAGACCCUCCGUCUUUGACAGCGAGAGCAAGUCUCUCAGCUCCUGUUCCUCGCUCGUCAGCGUCGCCGUCACCGAGCGCGACAUCCAGGACAUGAGGCGGUCAGCGGAGCGGAUGGAGCAGCGCUACGGCCACUGGCUGGAUUACGUGCUGGUCAAGGAGGAGCCGCUGGGCGCCGCCGCCGAGCUCCACGCCGUGCUGGAGCGGGUGCGCUUGGAGCCCCAGUGGGUGCCCGUGUCCUGGCUCAGGCCCUCCUAGACCUCAUUUUCGUCGACUUGCCAAGCGGUCCGCACUUGAAUGCGUUUAGUUGGCUCUGCAUCGACUGCGAUUGCAGUUGAUUGUUCCGGAUGGGAAUUUUCCAAAAUCUUCAACUUGCUGCAAGUGCCUAAUAAACGACGCUCCACUUUUCCAUUGGCAUAGAUCGUUCAACAUGCUCAGCGGCAGCUACUCGCCUCACAUGAAAUGUUUGCUGUUGAUGAUAAAACUUUUCAGACGUUUUUAUUUUUGGGGUGUGUGAGCAAUCUAUUUAUUCUAGGACAAAUGCAACAACUAGAAAGUGAGCCAUGAGCAAAA